UUUUAGAUAAUUUAAUUCUAUAGAUUGAACUUUAGAAAAACUAGAUUCACAAAUUACAGUUAUAAAAGUGUCUAAAGUGUUCCAUUGGUGGCCAUUACAAAACCUAAACUUUUUUAUCAGGACAAAUGUCCAUUUGAUGUUUCGGCGACGUUGUGAAGCUAAUCAUAAAUUGCGUACUGUGUUGGUAUUUGGUUUUGGUAUAGUUUUAUAAAGUGCUGUGAACUUUAUCUGAAAGAAUCCCUACAAUAUAUCAGUUUCAUUACGAUUAGCGCCGACUGAUUUUAUUUGGGUUGACUUCCCACAUCGAAGAGGAGCUGUCAAUUGUUAGGUUGUUCUGAUUGUUAUUUCGCCUUUAGUUUCGAUUUUAGUCAAUUAAUAUAAAAUAUAGCACGCUCUUUGAUUAAGUUGCCUGGUUGCCCAGUAAAAUUCACUACCACCUAACCAUAAGCUAGUUGGUUACUGUUCAGUGAACAUAACAUUGGUACGGCGACUCAUAGAAUAAUCGUGCUCGUUUUCCGGAUGAAUUGUAUCUAAAUUAUCAGAAAUCACUAUCAGUUGUAAAAGAACAGUUAUCAAUUACUUAAAGAUUUCCCGUUAGUCAAUUCGCGAGUCGCCGAAACAUCCGUGUCGUUACAGUGAAAAUGAUUUUGAGAUAAAUUACAAAAAAAAAAUAGUGUAGUGUAUGCUGUGUUGAAAACGAGAAAAUAAUUGUAAUAUUGCAAAGUGUGGUGUGGAUUGGUGGUGUGUGCAGUGGUAUGGCGAGGUUGCAGUGCGUUGGCCGAAGGCUGUGGUGACAUGGACUGCGGUGCGGUGCGGCCCCGAUUGUCGGUGGGCACUGGGAGUGAUCAGGAGGGCCGGGCUUAGCCUGCAUUCACUAGUAUUAUGAAUAAGCGUGACGGUACCAAGGACAAGGAACGUCAGAGCGACGACAAAAGAACUUCCACCGCGACUGGCGCGGUGGGUGGCGGGCGCGGCGUGGGCGGAGGCAGCACGAUGCACACGUCGCGGCAUUCCGUCAGCUCGUCUUCGGCUGUCCUCAUGGUCGGACCCAACUUCCGCGUCGGCAAGAAGAUCGGCUGCGGGAACUUUGGGGAACUCCGGCUCGGAAAAAAUCUCUACAACAAUGAACACGUAGCGAUUAAGAUGGAGCCUAUGAAAUCCAAGGCUCCACAAUUACAUCUAGAAUAUCGAUUUUACAAACUAUUAGGAACGCACGCUCCGUCGACAGCGGAAGGCAUCCCUGAGGUGUAUUACUUCGGGCCCUGUGGUAAAUACAAUGCGUUGGUCAUGGAACUGCUGGGCCCGUCGCUAGAGGAUCUGUUCGAUCUGUGCGGCCGACGCUUCUCCUUAAAGACUGUGCUGAUGAUCGCUAUGCAGCUGCUACAUCGCAUCGAAUAUGUCCACACGAGACAUUUAAUAUAUCGGGACGUUAAGCCUGAAAAUUUUUUAAUAGGUAGAGCUACGAGUAAAAGGGACAAAAUCAUACACAUCAUUGAUUUCGGAUUGGCCAAAGAAUAUAUAGACUUAGAGACAAACAAACAUAUCCCAUACCGGGAGCACAAGUCACUGACCGGGACUGCGAGAUACAUGUCAAUAAAUACACAUUUAGGAAAAGAACAAUCGCGACGCGACGACCUAGAAGCUCUGGGGCAUAUGUUUAUGUAUUUUUUACGUGGUUCCUUACCCUGGCAGGGUUUAAAAGCUGAUACACUCAAAGAAAGAUACCAAAAAAUCGGUGAUACCAAACGAGCGACUCCAAUUGAGGUCCUGUGCGAAGGUCAUCCGGAGGAGCUGGCUACGUACCUGCGCUACGUGCGGCGGCUGGACUUCUUUGAGACGCCCGACUACGACCAGCUGCGCCGCAUGUUCCGCGACCUGUUUGAGAGGCGCGGCUACGUCGACGACGGCGAGUUCGACUGGACCGGCAAGACCAUGCCGGCCAACAUGCAUGUGAUGCGCAUAUUACGACAUGCGCCCCCCUCGAAUAUUAUUAAGAACAAAUCAGAUAAGUCUACACCGGUUGGGUCGAUUCAGACAGCUCACGAAAAUAUAGUAUCACCUAACAGAGGACAUCCACCUUUUCAUAAGGAUGAUUUGUGUGAUUAUAUGAUUGGUUUGGUUGAGGACGAUGAGGCGGCGCUAAUAAUCGGAGAGGGCGCCGUAAAAGACUCCGGUACGGGAGGUACGGCAAACACGGGCAGCAAUUGGCCGCACAGUGGCAAAGCCACGCCGCUCAAUACAGGCCAUCUCACCCCCGCCGAUAGGCACGGAUCUGUACAGGUGGUGAGCUCAACGAACGGCGAGUUGGGCGCGGACGACCCCACGGCCGGCCACAGCAACACGCCCAUCACACAGCAUCACGAGGUCGAUGUGGUCGACGACACCAAGCAAUCCGUGUAUUCCAGAUGCUGUUGCUUCUUCAAACGCAAAAAGAAGAAGUGCGCAACGCGCGCGUACAAGUGACGCGUGUGCGCGUGACACCCGCACCCACGCCCCCCGCGCACUCCGCAGGACCCGCCUCAACCCUCGCCUCGACCCCCUUACACACUCCGGCCUGCACGCUAGGGGUUGCCAACCCAAAACACCCUUGCAGACCGUCAAACACAUCAACAGGUUUUACAUUACCCCACAUUAUUUUAUUAUUUUAUUGAAUUAAGCCUCAUUAGCGUGAUACAUCGAUCAACUAACACUACACUUAAUUUUAUCUAACUUGUCUUAAAAUAUAAAACAACCAUUUCAUUACUUUUUAGUGAAAAGUAUGUUUCAAAAAUAUCACAAAACUAGUGCGGUAAUAUAAAUAAAAAUCAAACACAAUAAAGAGUUAUUUUCUUUAUGUAUGUGUGUUUUAUU